GCUGUCACCAACGUUACAGUAUGCUGCCUGCCGUGGUGAAGCUCUGCUGUGGAAUCUCCUACCCUCACCUCAGGACCAUGGCAGGACUACAACGGCUAGCUAUCGCAGCGAUUGGCCAGGAGCUAGCUCACAUGCAGAGGAAUGGGCAGAGCCAACUACCAGCAUGGACCAGCCAUAUGGGUUGGCAGACUGGUACCGCUCAGCAUCAACACAGUGAGAGCUCCAGAAGAGAGGUAGUCAACCCAGUCCCGUUGAAAGAGGAGGAGCUGCUGUACAUAAGGAGUGGGCACGAGGCGCUGACCAAGGCUCUGGACAUUGUUGACGAUAAGAAUGGAUGGAAAACAGAACUCACAGAGGAGAACGGAGAUGUUAUAUACAGUAAAGUGCUGUCUGGGGACAGGAAGGUCUUCAGACUGGAGACUGUGUUAGACGCCACGCCAGAAGAGAUACAUCACAUCCUGUGGAAGGUGGAAGAGAUGCACCAGUGGAACCCAAGCAUCAAAAACAUCAAGGUUCUGAAGCAAGCUGGCCCGGAAACCAUGGUUACGCACGAGGUGUCAGCAGAGACAGCCGGCAACCUGAUAGGCCAGAGAGACUUCCUGAGUGUGAGACACUUCUCCAGACAGGAGUCAUGUAUCUAUCUGGGGGGAGCAGCCACGCACCUGGAGUCCUUCCCUCCUCAGAAAGGCUUCGUCAGAGCGGAGGACGGCCCAACGUGUAUUAUCAUCGAGCCCCUGGCAGACGACGCAGGCAGGAGCCACUUUACGUGGCUCCUCAACAUGGAUGUCAAGGGCUGGCUGCCAAAGUCAAUCGUCAAUCAAGCUUUGCCGCGAGCGCAGGUGGAUUUCACCCGGUGUCUGCGCAGACGGCUGGCCGAGGGACCUACUCAGCGACACACAAACCACCAUGCUCGCACAGUGUCUAGAGCCGGACAACCACCACACACACACUCUCUCUGACACACACUCACUGGAGUUGAGUGCUUGGGAGUAGAGACAGAGACAGAGAGAGAGAGAGAGACUGAGGGACCUG